CGGAUUUCGAUCUCCAGUCUGUCGCAACUCUCCCCUAACUGCUUUGCUCGACACUCCCACCAUGCUCUAUUGCUUCAAUGGCUGAACUGUACCCAUCACUGGCGCAAUGCGCCAUCGUUGCUGCUGCGUUCAAGGUGCUCCUCUUCCCCGCCUAUAAAUCGACAGAUUUUGAGGUCCACCGCAACUGGCUGGCUAUAACACAUUCGCUUCCAGCCAAGGAAUGGUACUAUGAGGAAACAUCCGAGUGGACGCUAGACUAUCCUCCGUUCUUUGCAGCUUUCGAAUGGCUGUUGUCGCGAGCGGCAUAUUACGCAGACCCUGCGAUGCUAAUUGUCAAGAAUCUUAACUAUGAUUCUUGGCAGACCAUCUAUUUUCAGCGAACCACGGUCAUUCUCUCCGAGCUUGUUCUCCUAUAUGCAUUGAAUCGAUUUGUCAAGUCCACGCCUGAACCGAAUAAGAAGCUCGCGCAUGUUGCGAGUCUCUCGAUCCUUCUGUCUCCCGGCCUGUUGAUUAUAGAUCACAUCCAUUUCCAAUACAAUGGGUUCCUCUAUGGAAUACUGGUUUUCUCUAUCGUUCUGGCACGAAAGCAGUCGACCCUUCUCUACAGCGGCAUCACUUUUGCCGUCCUGCUAUGUCUGAAGCAUAUCUAUCUUUAUCUUUCCCUCGCAUACUUUGUCUAUCUGCUAAGGGCCUAUUGCUUUGACCCCAAAUCCAUAUUUCGACCAAGAUUCGGGAACGCAUUCAAGCUUGGGGUCAGCGUAUUGAGCGUGUUCGGCCUAGCGUUCGGACCAUUCGCGCAUUGGAACCAGCUGCUACAGCUGAAGGAGAGGCUCUUCCCUUUUUCGAGGGGAUUAUGUCACGCUUACUGGGCGCCUAAUGUCUGGGCAAUGUACUCAUUUGUGGACCGUGUUCUGAUCCCAUUCGCACCGUCUCUGAGACUGCCGAUCAACCACGAUGCCCUGAACAGCGUCACUCGUGGUCUUGUCGGGGAUACUUCAUUUGCAGUUCUUCCUGAAGUAACAAAAGAGCAAACAUUUAUCUUGACAUUCCUGUUCCAGUUGCUCCCUUUGAUUAAACUCUGGUUGCGUCCGGACUGGGAAACGUUUAUCGGAGCUAUCACUCUCUGCGGAUAUGCUUCCUUUCUCUUUGGCUGGCACGUCCACGAAAAGGCCGUUCUUUUGAUCAUUAUCCCAUUCAGCCUCAUUGCACUCAAAGAUCGACGCUACUUCAGCGCAUUCCGACCUUUGGCCGUAGCAGGUCAUGUCUCACUAUUCCCGCUUCUCUUUACCGCAGCGGAAUUUCCUCUCAAGACGGUGUACACGGUUAUGUGGCUGGUCUUGUUCCUGUUCGUCUUCGACCGGGUAGCGCCAGUUCCAGAACGGCCUCGGAUAUUCCUUCUCGAUCGCUUCUCACUCCUAUAUAUUACGAUUGCCAUUCCGCUGAUUGCCUACUGUUCUCUGGCUCACCAACUGAUAUUUGGACCUAAUCGGUACGAGUUCGUGCCACUCAUGUUCACGAGCAGUUACUCGGCUCUGGGGGUGGUUGGUAGCUGGGUUGGGUUCAUGGUGAUUUACUUUACCGCAUAGCUUGUAGAUAUGUGCAAAAAAAUAUUAGGGCGAUUGAAUUGGUUGAGAA